GAAACAAAGAAACCGUCAGUGGAAGAGUUAGGUGAGGUCUCGGGGAAACAGUCGGAGGAAAUCACGCUAAAAUGGUCUAUACACAAGCUCUGGUGUUCGGCAUGUCCGUCAGGAAUGAGCCGGAAAACCUAACGCUGGCGGAGGACCUAAGCCUCAUCCCGGGGCUCAGAGGAGACGGAGAGCCGCUCCAGCACUGCGGUAGACUCAUGAAGGCACAAAGCUUCUCCAGUCUGGGAUCUGCGUGCAGUUUGGAAGAGGAAGAAGGUGAAGAUGUGUGUCUUCAGCUUGACCUGUCCAAACGCAUCGAGAAGUGCCUCUAUGAGGCCAAAGGAGCAAGUCUGCGCUGCCAGGAGCUGCGCUUGCCCAGACACAUGACCACACGGCUGGCCGGAGACAUCCUGCGAUUAUCCGUGGAUGAGCCAUGCGGGAUACGGGGAGCUCUGAUCCACAUGUACAUGGAAAACAAAGGCACACUACUGAAUCUAGGCACAGUUAUUCCUGAUCAGAGUCUCACGCCAACAUUUGAAGUCUCUGUGGUCCUACAGGCAGAUUUGGGAGGAUGGCCUCCGCUGAAGAUCCUGUUUGGUGGAGGGAAGGUGUUGAGCAUUCGAAGAGAAUACCGAAUAAUCAAACGCAAGCUCUACUCAUCCGCUACUCCAACUGUACUGGAGUUUUAUUAACACUGUGGUAUUAAUAGAAAAAAAUGAGUCCAUGGCUGAGGUUUCAGAGGAAGACGAGCUCAUUUUGCACAUUGUUAUUCACAUCGAGGUUAAGUUGGUUUUAUAUUCGCACAUUCGUUCAUUUUAACAGUCCCUAUAUUGGUUACCAAGCCACUUUGAAUAUUCGGUCUGAAAUCGCAUGACUUCAAAACAACAUUACGAUCAUUUCAUUGGCUGUCAACAAUGUCUGAAUUUCGCUAUUCAGAAUUUGCAAGAAUGCUUUUCUGAAAUGAUAAAGGAAAACGUCCGAACGUGCGAAUAUAAAACCAACUUUACCCCAAU